UUCCAGCCCUUUCUAGGAUCAUCUACAUCACAUCUGUUCCUGUUGCAAUCUGUUUUGUGUUGGCCAUGCCUGGGUGGAGCUGCCUGGUGACAGGAGCAGGAGGGUUUUUGGGCCAGAGGAUCAUCCGCUUGUUGGUGCAGGACAAAGAGCUUCAGGAAGUCAGAGCCCUGGACAAAGUCUUCAGACCAGAAACCAGGGAGGAAUUCUGUAAGCUGCAGACAAAGACCGAGGUGACAGUGCUGGAGGGAGACAUUCUGGAUGCCCAGUGCCUGAGGAGAGCCUGCCAGGGCAUCUCUGUUGUCAUCCACACCGCUGCUGCCAUUGACGUCUUGGGUGCCAUUCCCAGACAGACUGUGAUAGACAUCAACCUGAAAGAGCUUCAGACAAAGACCAAGGUGACAGUGCUGGAGGGAGACAUUCUGGAUGCCCAGUGCCUGAGGAGAGCCUGCCAGGGCAUCUCUGUUGUCAUCCACACCGCUUGCAUCAUUGAUGUCCUGGGUAUCAUUUCCAGACAGACCAUCAUAGAUAUCAAUCUGAAAGGUACCCAGAACCUGUUGGAGGCCUGUGUCCAGGCUAGUGUGCCAGCCUUCAUCUACACCAGCUCAAUUGAUGUUGCAGGGCCCAACUCUUACAAGAACAUCGUCCUGAAUGGCCAUGAGGAAGAACAACAUGAAACUAUAUGGCCUGAUCCAUACCCAUACAGCAAAAAGAUGGCUGAGAAGGCAGUGCUGGCAGCCAAUGGGUCCACCCUGAAAAAUGGUGGCACUUUCUACACUUGUGCCUUAAGGCCUAUGUACAUCUAUGGGGAGAAAAGUCCAUUAAUUUCCAUCAUAGUGAUCAGGGCCCUCAAAAAUAGUGGUAUUCUGGAUGUUACUGGAAAAUUCUCCAUAGUCAACCCAGUGUAUGUGGGCAAUGUGGCCUGGGCACACAUUCUGGCUGCCAGGGGUCUACGAGACCCUGAGAAGUCACCAAACAUCCAAGGUCAGUUCUACUACAUCUCAGAUGACACCCCUUACCAAAGCUAUGAUGAUUUAAAUUGCACCUUCAGCAAGAAAUGGGGCCUCCGCCUUGAUUCCCGUUGGAGCCCUCCUCUGCCCCUGCUCUACUGGCUUGCUUUCCUGCUGGAAGCUGUGAGCUUCCUGCUGCAUCCAAUCUGCAAGUACAGGCCUCCCUUUAACCGCCACUUGGUCACACUGUCAAAUAGUGUGUUCACCUUCUCCUACAAGAAAGCUCAGCGAGAUCUGGGCUAUGAGCCCCCUGUCAGCUGGGAGGAAGCCAGGGAAAAAACUUCAGAGUGGAUCGGGUCACUAGUGGAGCAGCACAAAGGGACACUGAACACAAAGACUCAGUGACGACACUGGGUGCUGUCAGGAAAUAGUUUUCAGGUCUUCCAGAAGGGACAGAGGUACAACCAAGGUCCUCCUGCCUCCCUUUGACACAGAGACCAACUUAGUGUCUUCCUCAAAACAGGGAAGUCAUUUCUCAUCUUUGGAAAAUUCCCAUUGCUUUAUGAAUUGCAAUCAAAAGAACAAUAAAUAUUUGUUAAUGCCUCA